AUGGUCGACUUCAAAUUCUUCUGGCCCAACAGGAAGGAGUACUCCCCACUUGGCGGUCAAGAUGAUCACUCGCCAGCGGAUGAAAAGCUUCUAGACAAGACCGAGCCUUUUCAAAACCCUCUGGAUUCUCGGAGGAGGAACAGGCCACAGUUACCGUGGAUUGUUCUCACAUUCAUUUUUGCGGGACUGUCGGGCCUGCUUCUUUUUCAAGAUCUGCGGCGCGGAGGACGAGGAAAUUUCGAGACUGGCUACCAUAAUGAUAUGAUCCUGGCCAGACCAGCAAUCCAAGUAUCCCAAGUGAAAUUCACAGGUGGAAUUAAGUUCUACGACAACGGCACCAUGUAUCGCGACAAUGGACCGGGUCCAGCGUACGUCGGGCCCCCGACGCCCGAGAUGGACGAUGCGUGGGAGCAGCUGAUCGGCACACGAUACCUUGCGUUCACCGAGGAUCAAAAGGACUCGUUCUCUGUGCGGAUCGACAAGGGCAGCGCCGACGGCCUGUACCGCGCGGGUCCCGACGUGUUCCACUCGCUACACUGCGUCGACAAGCUCCGACAGACCAUCGACGGGUAUUUAUACGACAUUCCCGAGAAGGUGGACGAGCGCAGGAAUAACGUACUGCACGUCGAGCACUGUCUCGACUUCCUCAGGCAGCUGGUCCAGUGCACGUCAGAUCUGACGCCAAUCCCGCUGGUCUACUCGGUGGGUGCUGGUAUGGAGGUUCCGGACUUUGAGCAGUUGCAUACCUGUCGGAGCUUUGACACGAUUCAUCGAUGGGCGAUGAAGCAAAAUCAGGACGCCCUCAAUACGCUGGAGGAAUAG